AUGGUAUACGAAGGAAAACGAUUAGUUUCCUGCCAUUGUUUCUUCCUGUUAACAGCCAAGUUCUACUGGAUACUCACCCUGAUGCAAAGAACUCAUGGCCAGGAAUAUGCCCACUCCAUCCGACUGGAUGGGGACAUCAUCUUGGGAGGACUGUUCCCCGUCCAUGCAAAAGGGGAUAGAGGGGUGCCUUGUGGGGAGCUCAAGAAAGAGAAAGGGAUCCACAGACUAGAGGCAAUGCUGUAUGCAAUUGAUCAGAUUAAUAAGGACCCUGAUCUUCUUACCAAUAUCACCUUAGGUGUCCGGAUCCUUGAUACGUGUUCCAGGGACACUUACGCAUUGGAGCAGUCCUUAACAUUUGUGCAAGCACUGAUAGAAAAAGAUGGUUCAGACGUGAAGUGUGCUAAUGGUGACCCACCUAUUUUUGCUAAGCCAGACAAGAUAUCAGGUGUGAUAGGUGCUGCAGCAAGUUCUGUGUCCAUUAUGGUCGCAAAUAUUUUAAGACUUUUUAAGAUACCUCAAAUCAGCUAUGCAUCUACAGCUCCAGAACUGAGCGAUAACACCAGGUAUGACUUCUUCUCUCGAGUGGUCCCACCGGACUCCUACCAAGCUCAGGCCAUGGUUGACAUUGUGAUGGCCCUUGGGUGGAACUACGUGUCGACACUGGCUUCUGAAGGCAACUAUGGGGAGAGCGGUGUGGAGGCAUUCACCCAGAUCUCCAGAGAAAUUGGAGGUGUUUGCAUUGCUCAGUCACUCAAAAUCCCCCGAGAACCAAGACCAGGAGAAUUUGAAAAGAUCAUCAAGCGUUUGUUGGAAACUCCAAAUGCUCGAGCAGUGAUCAUGUUUGCGAAUGAAGAUGACAUUAGGCGAAUACUGGAAGCAGCCAAAAAAGCUAAUCAAUCUGGACAUUUCCUCUGGAUUGGCUCAGAUAGUUGGGGGUCAAAAAUUUCACCAGUUCAGCAGCAGGAGGAGAUUGCAGAAGGAGCAGUAACCAUUCUGCCCAAAAGAACAUCAAUAGAUGGAUUUGAUAGAUAUUUUCGGAGCCGAACACUUGCUAACAAUAGAAGAAAUGUAUGGUUUGCAGAAUUUUGGGAGGAGAACUUUGGAUGCAAAUUAGGAUCACAUGGAAAAAGAAACAGCAAUAUCAAGAAAUGCACAGGUAACUGUGAAA